CGGCAGCGGCGGCGGCGCGGAGGAGCGGGGGACCGGCCCGGCAGCACUGAGCCCGGCACCGCCUGCCCUGCGAGCGGACGAGGCGAGAGCGAGCGGGAGAGACGGCGAGAGGCGCUGCGUCCCCCCCCCCCUCCCCCCCCCCCCUCAGCAGCCCGGCGGACCGACCGACCCUGCCCGAGGCGCUGCUGCGGCUCCCCGGGGACACGCCGCCGCCUCGGCUGCCCCGCUCCCCGCCGACCCCCGGGUCCCAGCUCCCCCCGCCGCCCACCCGGGUCCCUGCCGGAUCUCUGCGGAGGACACGGAGAGAGCCGCGGGAUCUCCCCCCCCUCCCCACCCCCGCCUGCCCGCGGAUCCCGCUGCGAGCCAGGCACACAGACUGUCGGGUUUCCCCGCUCCCUCCUCCCUCCGUGAAAGACUUUGCUGGAUCCUCCUCCCCGGAUCCCCUCCCCGCGCUCGCUCCUUCCUGCGGGAGCGGCUGCAGGAUCCUCCUCCCGCCCCGGAUCGCCCGCGGGGUCCCUGCGGAGCCGCGGACCCUCCUCCCCUCGCAGAGACACCGCUGGAUCCUCCGCCCCCCCCUGGACCUCCCGGCGGGAUCCUCCUCCUGCCCGCAGCCCCAUGUGAGACUCCGCAUCCCCCCCGUGCCUCCGAGGUGGUGUUUUAUUUUUUUUUUUCCCCUCCUCCUUUUAUUUUGAAGGGGGGAUCCAUCUUAAAACUCUUUUCUGGAUCCCAGUUUCUCUUUUUGAUUUGCACUUUUUGAAAAGCCCUCAGAUGCUCCUCCAUGUGGACUGAGAACCCAUCAAGACACACACACGAGAACUCAUCCCGAUCAACUCCAAAUCCUGGCUUUUCGUGGGUUUUGCUGCAACACAUAAAAGCAAACUUGUAUUUAAGACACACUCGUGCAAAAAUUUAGCUGGGGACUUGAACGUGUAGUUUGUCUUGGUUUCUUGGUCUUGGUUAUUUUUUUGUUGUCUUUUUUUUCUUUUUCUUUUUUUUUUUUUUUUUUUUUUGCUUCACUGGAAAUCGAAAGCUUGUUUUGGAAUUGGACCUGCUUUUGCUGCACUUCUCUUCUGGGCUGGAUAACACUGAAGCUCUUUGCUUUUCUACUUGGAUAGUGUUUUCCUGUUGAUCUGUUGGGUUUUUUUUCAUCUCCUGUGUGGCAGACUUUUUUUUUCCCUGAGGGGGGUAAACAAACGACGACGACAACAACAAAAAACUUAAUUUUUUUGGCCGUGUGAGAUUUUUUUUUCGUAUUCAUAUUCGUGAAAUUACGGGUACACUUACAAAAAAAUUAAAAAAAAAAAAAAGCGUUAAAAAUAAGAAAGGAACACGUCAGAAAGACCCCUACACGGUAGACAAAAUACUCACUUGUUUCCUUACAGCAAGACUGAAUCGAAAGCUGCCAAAGAGCCCCAUAAAGAAAAGACUAAAAGGGAGAAAGAACAAGAAACACAAGAAGAGGAACAUUUGAUGGAAGAAAAGAAAAAGAAAAAGCAGGAAGAAAAGAAAAAGAAGGAAGGUGCUCAGAAAAAGGCUGCUGAACAAAAAACCAAAGUGCCAGAACCUAUUAAGACCAGUUUAAGCCAGCCCCAACCUGCCGGUACCGGUACCAGUACUUCCACCAGCACUCUCACCAACAGCAGCAAUGGCAAGCGCGCGUCUGCUAACGGGCAGCAGCCUGCGGCGUCCCGAUACCUGCCUCGAGAGGUGCCUCCCCGCUUCCGCCAGCAGGAACAGAAGCAGCUCCUAAAGCGGGGGCAGCCACUGCCCACCGGGGCUCUGAGCGCCCCCGGCCCGGCCCCGGGCACGGCAGCAGCGGGAGCCAGCCCUCCUCCUCCUCCUCCUCCUCCUCCUCCUCCUCCGCAGGGAGCAGCGGGACAGCAGCAUCCCGGCAAGGCCCAGCCAGAUCUCAGCCACAGUGGAUUGGGAGACCAUUAUGAGAAUUCCCACUGGGGACAGCAGCCCGCUUUCAGGAGUGAAGGCAACUGCAGCUGGGAUAAAGUGAUAAUAGACAGGACUGACAAGGAAGCGUGGCCUUCCAUUACCGGAGCUGAGACUGAGUCUGCCUCAGAAUGUACUACAGACACUGACUCUGCCUCCAACUGUGGCUCAGAGAACAGUAGCAUGGCUACAGGGAGUGCCCAAGGCAACUUCACUGGACAUACAAAGAAAACUAAUGGCAAUAAUGGCGCCAACGGAGCACUCGUCCAAAGCACUUCUAACCAGAGUGCCCUUGGAGCUGGUGGAGCAAACGGCAACGGCAGCUCGGCCAGGGUGUGGGGGGUGGCUGCAGGCUCCAGCUCUGGCCUAGCUCACUGCUCUGCCAGUGGUGGGGAUGGAAAGAUGGACAACAUGAUGGGAGACGGUAGAAGUCAGAACUGCUGGGGUGCUUCCAACUCGAAUGCUGGCAUUAAUCUUAACCUUAACCCUAAUGCCAAUCCAGCUGCCUGGCCUGUACUCGGACAUGAAGGAACUGUGGGAGCAGGCAACCCUUCCAGUAUUUGCAGUCCAGUCAGUGCCAUAGGUCAGAACAUGGGCAACCAGAAUGGGAACCCAACAGGCACUUUAGGUGCCUGGGGAAACUUGCUGCCGCAAGAGAGCACAGAACCACAAACGUCCACUUCUCAGAAUGUGUCUUUCAGCGUACAACCUCAGAACCUUAACACUGAUGGACCAAAUAACACUAACCCCAUGAACUCUUCACCAAACCCUAUCAAUGCAAUGCAGACAAACGGACUGCCGAACUGGGGGAUGGCCGUGGGCAUGGGGGCCAUCAUUCCGCCCCACCUGCAAGGCCUUCCUGGUGCUAAUGGAACAGCGGUUUCUCAAGUCAGCGGGGGCAGUGGUGAAGGAAUGGGCAGUUCAGUGUGGGGGAUGUCCCCAGGUAAUCCUGCCACAGGAAACAGCAAUUCUGGGUUCAGUCAGGGGAAUGGAGACACUGUGAACUCAGCAUUAAGUGCUAAACAAAACGGAUCCAGCAGUGCUGUGCAAAAGGAAGGAAACGGAGCGAACGCGUGGGACUCGGGGCCUCCCUCUGGCCCCGGGGUCCUGGCGUGGGGCAGGGGCGGUGGCGGCGGCGGGGUUGGCAGUGUGCAUUCUGGAGCGUGGGGCCACCCCAACCGCAGCACCAGCAACGGUGUCAACGGGGAGUGGGGCAAGCCCCCAAACCAGCAUUCCAAUAGCGACAUCAAUGGGAAAGGAUCAACAGGGUGGGAUAGCUCGAGUGUUACCAGUCCGAAUCCUGCCAUGCAGCAGGGCAAUGAACAAAUGAACUCUUGGGCCAAAGCUGCAGCAUCUGGCACCACGGCUAGUGAAGGAAGCAACGACAGCGGUGGGAGUCAAAAUGAAGGCAGUACUGGGAGGGAGGGGGCUGCAGAGGGCAGGAGGAGAGACAAAGGGAUGAUAGACCAAGGGCAAGUUCAGUUGCCAAGAAAUGACCUUGACCCCAGGGUCCUGUCCAAUACGGGGUGGGGACAGACCCCUGUAAAGCAAAACACUGCCUGGGAAUUUGAAGAGUCCCCACGGUCUGAACGGAAGAAUGACAAUGGAACAGAGGCCUGGGGUUGUGCAGCUACUCAAUCUUCAAACUCAGGGGGGAAGAACGAUGGGUCCAUCAUGAACAGUACAAAUACCUCUUCAGUAUCUGGGUGGGUCAACUCUCCACCGGCAGCUGUUCCAACAAAUACAGGUUGGGGAGACAAUAACAACAAAGCACCAAAUGGCCCGGGGGGGUGGGGAGAGUCAGCAAGCUCUACUACUGUUAAUAAUGCUGCUGCUGCCAAAAGCGGCCACGCUUGGAGUGGGACCGCAAAUCAGGAGGACAAAUCACCUACCUGGGGUGAACCUCAGAAACCCAAAUCUCAAAACUGGGGAGAUGGACAGAAAUCAAAUCCAAGCUGGACUUCAGGAGGUGGAGACUGGACAGAUUCAUCAUCUGUUCCUGGACACUUGGGUGAUGGGAAGAAGAAUGGAUCUGGAUGGGAUUCUGACAAUAGAUCGGGGUCUGGCUGGAAUGAUUCCACAAGGUCUGGGACCAGUGGGUGGGGAAAUGGCACAAACAGCAAGGCUAAUACAGGUACAAGUUGGGGGGAAUCUUUAAAGCCAGGCCCCCAACAAAAUUGGGCUAAUAAACCCCAGGACAACAAUGUGAGUAACUGGGGAGGAGCUGCUUCUGUAAAACAGACGGGGUCAGGGUGGGUUGGUGGGCCAGUUCCAGCCAAACAAAAAGAGAACUGUGAGGCUACUGGCUGGGAAGAGCCAUCUCCACCGUCCAUUCGCCGCAAGAUGGAAAUCGAUGAUGGUACCUCAGCUUGGGGCGACCCAAAUUACAACAACAACAAGACUGUAAACAUGUGGGAUAGAAAUAAUCCUAUAAUUCAGAGCAGUACCACAACCAACACCACCACCACUAGCACCAUUAUCAACACCAACAUGGUUGAACCUCAGCCAUCGCACCAGUCAAGUGCCCAGCCGAACCGGUCCCCGCUGCUUGGCCCAGCAGGCUGGGGAGAGAUGCCUGCUGUCCACACCAAGAGCGAAGCUUCCUGGGGAGAGCCCUCCUCCCCUUCUGCUGCAGUUGAUAAUGGCACUUCGGCGUGGGGGAAGCCCCCCAGCAGUGGGACCGGGUGGGGAGAGAAUCCUGCUGAGCCGGCAGGGACCUAUGGAAGAACAAACGCUCCAGCUGCUGCCCCAGCACUGUGCAAACCAGCUUCAAAAUCUAUGCAAGAAGGCUGGGGCAGUGGUGGGGAUGAAGUGAAUCUCAGUACUAGUCAGUGGGAAGAUGAAGAAGGAGAUAUGUGGAAUAACACUGCUUCACAAGAGAGCAGCUCCUCCUGUAAUUCCUGGGGGAAUGCCCCGAAGAAAGGACUUCAAAAGCCCAAAACAAAUCCGCGCUUGUCCCUUGGUACUUUCUGGAGAACUGAAAGGAAGAGACUUCUUAAGGAUUUUGUGAUAGAAAAGCUGCACAGAGAUCUUUUAAAGGGCAUGAAGACAUCUAGCAAGCAGGAUGAGGCCUGGAUCAUGAACCGUCUGAUAAAACAGCUCACAGACAUGGGCUUCCCUAGAGAGCCAGCAGAAGAGGCCUUGAAGAGCAACAGUAUGAAUCUUGAUCAGGCCAUGAGUGCUCUGCUGGAAAAGAAGGUGGAAAUGGACAAGCGUGGAAUGGGAGUGACCGACUAUAAUGGAAUGGUCACCAAACCCCUUGGCUGCCGCCCACCACCAAUCUCCAAAGAGUCUUCCAUGGACCGCCCCACCUUCCUUGACAAGCUCACCCUUUCUUUCUCCAAUCAGGAUGGCGGCCUAGUGGAAGAGCCCACUACUUCACCAUUUUUGCCUUCACCAAGCCUGAAGCUCCCCCUUUCAAACAGUGCACUCCCUAAUCAGACCCUGGGCGGGAUUGCCUCAGGGCUGGGCAUGCAAAACUUGAAUUCUUCUAGACAGAUACCGAGUGGCAAUCUGGGUAUGUUUGGCAAUAGCGGAGCAGCACAAGCCAGGACCAUGCAACAGCCGCAGCAACCGCCAGUGCAACCUCUUAAUUCAUCCCAGCCUAGUCUUCGUGCUCAAGUGCCUCAGUUUCUAUCCCCUCAGGUUCAAGCACAGCUUUUGCAGUUUGCAGCAAAAAACAUUGGUCUCAGCCCUGCACAGUUAACCUCGCCAAUUAAUAAUCCUCAGCAUAUGACGAUGUUGAACCAGCUCUAUCAGCUGCAGCUGGCGUACCAACGUUUACAAAUCCAGCAGCAGAUGUUACAGGCUCAGCGUAACGUUUCCGGACCCAUGAGACAACAGGAGCAGCAAGUUGCACGUACAAUCAAUAACAUGCAGCAGCAGAUCCAGCAGCACCAGCGCCAGCUGGCCCAGGCCCUGCUUAUGAAGCAGCAGCCUCCCCCUCCACAUCUAUCUUUGCACCCCUCUGCAGGCAAAUCAGCCAUGGAUAGCUUUUCACCCCAUCCCCAGGCUCCCGGCCUACCUGACCUGCAGACCAAAGAGCAACAGUCUUCACCGAACACCUUUGCUCCUUACCCUCUUGCUGGACUGAACCCGAACAUGAAUGUAAAUAACAUGGACAUUACUGGUGGUUUGUCAGUGAAGGACACUUCUCAGUCCCAGUCUCGCCUUCCUCAGUGGACACACCCCAACUCAAUGGAUAAUCUGUCUAGUGCUGCUUCUUCGCUUGACCAGAACUCCAGCAAGCACGGUGCUAUCCCUGGAGGUUUGAGUAUUGGUCCUCCGGGAAAGUCCUCCCUCGAUGACUCCUACGGCCGCUAUGAUCUGAUCCAGAACAGUGAGUCUCCUGCCAGCCCACCUGUAGCUGUUCCUCACAGCUGGUCACGUGCCAAAUCUGAUAGUGAUAAGAUUUCCAAUGGCUCCAGCAUAAACUGGCCACCAGAGUUUCACCCAGGAGUGCCAUGGAAAGGACUGCAGAAUAUUGAUCCUGAAAAUGACCCCGAUGUUACUCCUGGCAGUGUUCCAACUGGGCCUACCAUAAACACCACGAUACAGGAUGUGAAUCGCUAUCUGCUCAAGAGUGGAGGGUCAUCCCCAACAUCAUCUCAGAAUGCCACGCUGCCUUCAUCGAGUGCCUGGCCGCUUAGUGCCUCCGGCUACAGUAGCUCUUUCAGCAGCAUUGCAUCUGCACCUAGCAUUGCAGGUAAACUGUCAGACAUCAAGUCCACGUGGUCCUCUGGCCCGAUCUCUCACACCCAAGCCUCUCUGUCCCACGAACUCUGGAAGGUACCCAGAAACACUACAGCUCCGACAAGACCUCCUCCAGGCUUAACCAACACCAAGCCAUCCUCCACGUGGGGUGCCAGUCCCCUGGGCUGGACCAGCUCUUACUCCUCUGGUUCUGCAUGGAGUACUGACAGCUCAGGGAGAACAAGCAGCUGGCUGGUUCUUAGGAACCUCACCCCCCAGAUCGAUGGUUCCACACUGCGGACACUGUGUUUGCAGCACGGCCCUCUCAUCACAUUCCACUUGAACCUGACCCAAGGGAAUGCUGUGGUCCGAUACAGUUCCAAGGAGGAAGCAGCCAAGGCCCAGAAGUCUCUGCACAUGUGUGUCCUGGGCAACACUACCAUCCUGGCGGAGUUUGCUGGUGAGGAAGAAGUGAACCGUUUCCUGGCGCAGGGGCAGGCGCUGCCGCCCACCUCCAGCUGGCAGUCCAACACUGGAUCCACCCCGAGCCGCCUGGGCUCCUCGGGCAGCUCCCACGGGCUGGUGCGCCCCGACGCCGGCCACUGGAACCCCCCGUGCCUGGGGGGCAAGGGCAGCAGCGACCUGCUCUGGGGGGGGGUGCCCCAGUACUCCAGCAGCCUUUGGGGCCCCCCCAGCGCCGACGACGGCAGAGUCAUCGGGAGCCCCACGCCCCUCAACACCCUCCUGCCGGGGGAUCUGCUCAGCGGGGAAUCCAUCUAGGAGAGGAGAGAAAACAAAAUGGAAAUAACAAUCAUCAGCACUAAAGGAAAACAAAAAAAAUUUAAAAAAAAAUAAAAAAAUAAAAAAAGGAAAAAAAAAAAAAAAAAAGAGAGAAAGGUAACCCUUUCCAGUCCCGGGCUUGAUGAAGAAUCCAGCUUUAACCCAUGAGACUGGCAGCCCUCCUUAGUACCUCUGUCCAAUAUCGAAUCCGAAACUGCAGAAGUCCUUGUGAACUGUUCCUGAAACAGUAUGGGCUCCUUUGGUCAGUGUCACAUGCUAAUGACAGGUUUUAUUUUUUUUUCAUGGCUUUUUUUUGUUUUACGUCGUCUUUUUAUGUUUGUAUGGUGAUUUUUCAAAACCAAGUAUAAAAGCUGCUUAGAAUAGGUCUAUCAUGAAGGGCACUUUUCAGAAUUUGGGCUGGAAAGGGUUAUUUUAUCAGCUGGGGGGGGGUUGGGAAGGGGGAAAUGAAAGCCUAUUUAAAUGAGCCUGUGACUAUUAUGCACAUUACAGAGGCGGACCCAAUAAUCAGAAAGGGUGAAGUGUGAUAUUUACCAUUGGUACAGAAAAGUGAUGAAUCCGAGUGGCAACUCUGGACUGUACAGGUUGAAGGGGGGGGAGGGAGGGCAGGGUUGGGGUAUCUCUGUGUCCACUACUCCCAUGGAUCUGCCUAUGCACAUUACCCUUGUUUCAUUACUUUUUCAUGUCAUUUUUUUAAAUCCCAAAAAAUAUAAAAAGUAAAAAAAGAAUAAAAAAAAAUCAACAAAGAAACAAAAAAAAAAUUUAAAAAAAAAAAAGCAACAAACCAUAUCAACAUGCAAAUACUUGAAUCCAGCAGGCCAAUAACAAAAUGUGAACGCUUUCUGAGUUGAAUUAUUACACUUCCAGGUCAGCAUCAGUACACAAAAAACAGGCUCUAAGAAUUUUUUUUUUUUUGUUUAAAGUUCAGACUCUAUGUUUUUGUUGGGACAGAUGUGAGUGUGUGUGUGUGUGUGUGCCUGUGUGUGCGUGUGCCCACGUGUGGUUUAACUCAACGUGUGAAGUUUUCUCCUUUGGUUCAGUAUAUGCUUUUUAUUUGCUCAUUGGUCAAAUGUUUAAUUGUUAUUAGCUUCUAACUUUGCACUGAGUGUCCGCAGCCCUUCUUGUAGCUAAUCCUGUAAUGGUAAAAACACACAAAAAAAAAAAAAAAAAAAAAACAAAAAAAAAAAGAAAAAAAAAGGAAAAAAAAAAAAAGGAAAGAAACUGAUAGAAGGGGCCGGCGACAAUUCACGUGUAAAUGUUUACUCAAGGACUCUUACUGCAUUUUAAAAAUUACAGUGUGUAUCUCUGGAGAAUAAUAUGUAUAUCUACCUUUAGCGGCUUUUUAUUGUGGACUAAUGCAACAAAAUUAUUACCGGAGUAUUGCACCAUUUUUCCAUUCGGAAUAUAAAGUUUAAAAAAAAGAAAAAAUACUCUUGUUGAACUGUGGCCAUAGAUAAUUGUAAAGAGUUGAUAGUUCCCUUGCAAGCAGGAACAGAAACAAGCACUUGGACAUAAGUUUUGACUGCUUUUGGAGGAGCCAGGAGUUUUGGCUCCCACCUGUUUACAGACCUUUUUUUCUCCUUCAAACUUUAAAAUAAAAAAAGGAAUUAAAAAAAAAAAAAAAAAAAAAAGAGAGAAAAAAAAACAAAAACAACAAAAAAAAAAGACUUCCAUCGUAAAGAAAACUAUUUUCAGAAUGAAGAUAUGCUACUUCAGAGCUCUGGGAUUGAACAGUGUUGUUGUAUUAUCCUUUUCUUUGGCCAUUGCUGUGUACUAUUUUUGUUGUUGUUUUCCUCCUCUUCGUCAAAGUGGCGAAAACUUUGUGAUCACUAUCUUGCACAUGGUGGAAGAUGUCUCAGGAAAGCCGGGUUUCCCGAGGAGCAACUCCACACCAUUUCAUGUAUUUUUAAAACCCAACUCCUAGCACUGAAGAUAUUAUUAAAAAACAAAAUAAAAUAAAAAAAAAAGACAGUAAGAAAGAAGAAAAUACCUAAUCUAAUGUGUAGCAGUUACAUAUUUACCAAAUAAUGGACUCAAAAGAAAUAGAUGUUUGAAGAGUGCUUUAUAUAUUAAAAAAUCGCUUUAUGUUUAAAAAAAGAUCAAUGUUUUUGAUUGUUUUGAAAGGAAGAAAGACAAUGGAAUAACAUACACUUCAAGUAUGUUUUAAAAAUUAUAUGAACAUUGUGCUCCCUGCCUGCUUGGAUCAGGAAACUUGUGCAUUACAUUUUUUUUUUUUUUUUUGGAAGAUUAGCUUUUUAAUGGUUUUAUCAGAUUUAAAGGGUCCUGCAAGAUUGCAAAUUAACAAAAGCUGGUUUUAUAGAGGAUCAUGAACUAUGCACAAACUGGGUUCAAGACUUGUUUUGUUUUUUUUUUUUUUGUUCCUCAAGUUUUAGUAGUGUAUUUAGCUGAAUAACCUUUCCUCAGAGUAAUUGCAUCUCAUUGCCAUUACACGCCUCCUACAUAUGUAUUUUAUAUAUAUAUACACACACACACUUAUAUAAAAUAUGUAUGUGUGUAUGUGCGUGUUUACAUACAAUUUUUCCAUGCUGAAGUUUAGCAUUGAGUUGUAGAAAAACUCCUGAUAUUUUCAAAUUGGGAAUGAAAAUUUCUGUUGGAGGGGUUGGGGAGGGGGGAGCUGGGUGGGUUUUGUUUCUUGGGGGGGCUUUUUUUUUUUUUUUUUUUUUUUUUUUUGCCUUUCCUUUUGAAUUAAAGAUGUCUGUAACUCUGAGAUUAAAAAGAAAACCAACAAUUGUGGCUUUUAAUGUUUAUUCUCCUCAUAGAAUGUGAUUGUUAAAAGAACAUGCACCGAAAGUUGCUUUCAAGAGUACGAAGAUUCUUUGAAACUUAAUAAAUUGCAGUUUUUUCUUGGCUGUUGAAAUAAUGUGUAUUUUUCUUUUACGCAGGGGAUACUAAAUAUAUAUAUAUAUUGUUAAAUCUGUGAAGGUAUUUCAAGGAAGAAGUUUAAUUUUGAAUGAGAAUGCAGUGUACAGCCAGACAAACCCCUCCUGCGCGUGUGCUCACCCCUCUGCUCUCUGCUGGUGACACUCAUGAGCUUUUCCAUCAACGCUUUGCACGUCUCAUCCAAGAGCAGCAGUACCCAUUUUUGUGUUCCAGUUCUGUUCUUCUCAUUUAUCCAUGUCUUUAGUACCACAGUAGGUGAGUUUGUAACCCCCUCCAGCCAGGCUGGGGGCUCCCCUGGCUCCACCCCAGUUUCUGGGCUGGAUGUCUCUAUAUAUAAAGUGCCAGUUCCACUGAUGUUUCGGAGGUGAGCAAAUAGCCCCUAAAAAGGGGGAGAAACAGCAAAAUAUUUUCAUGUUUGGCCUUGCAGGGUUUGAGUUUAGGAAGAUGUUAACCACCUGAAGGUUCUCUUACCCAAAGAUGCCAACCUGAGGCACAGGAGAUGCAGGGCUGAGGGUUCAUGGCGAGACCCCAGCCUUGCUCCCUUCCCUGGCUGAACACGACUGGGUGUUCUCCUCCUGCCUCCCCCAAACCAGUCCCUGACCCCUCACUGGCACUGGGGCCACUGGUGCUGGGUGUGAUGCUCAGCAGGGCUGGCCCCAGGUCUCAGGGGUCUGAGUUUGUCCAGUGGAGCUCAUUCCCCCAAUCCUUUUGGGAAGGAAAACAUUGCCAUGAGCAGCUGGUUUAUCGAGAGUGUUCCCAGCCCUGAGCCACCACCCACGCUCUCACUGGGAUUGUCCAUGAGCCACAAUUCCAGAAGAAAGACCCAGUGGGGCAGGGGGGUCUGAGUAGUGUUGGCAGAUAUGAUACAGUUCAAAAUACUCAAAUCCAGCUUUGGGAUAACUUCUGUUAUGGAAACAGCAAAAAUCCCCAGUCUGAAGCCUGUUCUGCCAAUUUUAUUGAUCUGGCCCCAAAGUCACGCAGCUGGUUUUUACUGGAAGUUGCCUCCCCUCCCACCUCCUGUAUAUUUUUCUCUUCCAAGAGUUUGUCGUGGAACUUAAAAGAGAGUUGCCUUUUCCUUCUGUGAUUCUUUGGUUUGUGUUUUGUUGGGCAUUUUGUCCUUGGCAAGGAGGGCUUUCAGUUUUGGUGUCUCUGGGUUUUGUUGCCAAGACAUUGAGGCCCCUUACGGGGUCAGGUGUUUUAUUCUUCCAUGAGGUUGGCAGCAAUGACUUUUUGUAAAUCAGAUCCACUCUUAAAAUUUAGAAACACACACACCCCCCACCCCCCCCAAUAUAUUAAAGGAAAUUUCAGCUUUUGGCCAAAACCAACCUUUUAGCAUUUUUGUAGCUCUUUAUUUUUUUCAGUGUCAUUCUUCUGCUUCAAUGCUAUCCAGUAUUUCUUAAAUUGUAAAGAAAACUCCUGAUGAUCAGGAUUCACCCUCUGGCUGCAGAAUCUUUACAAGAAAACAUUUUUAACACUUUGUGUUUUUCUGUAUAUUGCGUUUGCUGUACCCUCCAUGGCACCUUCACUGCAUGGCUCCCUGCCUUUAGGCCAAGAGAAUUUCUCUUUCCCAAGUGGUCUGAAAUUGUCAAAUUUCUUAGUUCUUUGUCUAGUUUGUGGGUGGCACUGGCAGAGCAGAUGUUUUGCUAUUCUCCGAGAAAUAUAUUAUUGUUCUUGCUAAUUCAAUAUAUGAUUGUGUAUGUGAAGGAGCUUUUUAAUUAAAAACAAAAAAAAUUGUAUAUGGCUAUCUGUAUGUGUUAAGAAUUACUGGAGUUGGAAGAGUCUGGAAAUGGAAUUGGAAAACCCUUUAGGAUUUGGGUUGUGGGCAGCUACAGCGUGGAGCUCUCCUGUGCCAGCGGACCCGAGGUGAGCUGAGCAUCCCCUGAUGUCGCACCCGAACUGCUGCUCUGAAUGUACAACCCCGCGUCCCGCCGAGCCGCUCCCGGCCGGGGGAGCGCUGGAGAACGGGACACGGAGCUCAAGGAACUCUCGGUGCCACCCGCACGGAUGCCUGGCGUGCCCUGCCCGGGGGGAAUCGCGGCUCCGGCAGGGCUGGAAGUGCCCUCGGCUCCAGCGGGAUCGGGAGGUCCCUGCGGGUCCCGGGACUGUCUCACCCACGUCCUUGUGUCGCCUCGGCGGCGGCAGCGCACCCGUGAAACCUUAACUGCGGGGCAGCCGGCCGUGCUGUGCCCUCAGCUCCCCUCCUUCCCGGGCCGCCUCUGCCAGGAGCACCCUCCGUGUGCCCUGGAACUCGGGAGAGGCCCCCCAGCACUCACCCCACCGUAGCUUUCCCAGGGAGGACGGACUCACGCCCAUGUUCUAGUGGGCUCCCGGCGUCUGCACCCGAUCGCUCAGGUUACUCUGCCAGCUCCAUCCGCAGCGCCGGCCGGCCCUGCACGGACAGUCCCGCGGUCACCACUGUCCCCACCGCCCCUGCUGUCCCAGGAGGAUGUUCCAUUGACAUGGAGAUGACACUUUUUUGUCCUGUGUGUGCCCCCCGUGUUUGUUUUUUACUGUCCGAUGCAUUGCAAAUGAGUCGCUUGUAAAUUUUACUCUGAUGAAAACGUGGUCCCGGUGCAGUCAUGAUUUCAGGGUUAUUAAAAUGUUGUAAAACACGA